AAAUCUCGAAGAGGGAUACAUCGACCUUUUAUCAAUGUUUUGUUGUGCUUGGUCUCAUUAAUGCUAGGUACCCAAAAAAACUCACUCAAAAAGUAUUCCGAAAUGAAAAAAUCAAGAGUACACCUCUUAAAAUACGGGCUCCCCUUUCUGGAUAAGUUGUUUGGAUACCUAGCAUUGCUCGGUCGGCUUUGCCUAUAUAAGAAGGUCUAGUAUGCCGCUUUGAUUUCAUAGCAGUUUUUUCCUUUCUUAUUACUUGUUUCGAGUGGUCAGUCAAAUAUUUCUAGUCUUUCCUUAUUAUUAAAGAAAAAAAAAAGUUAAAUAUUACUAUUUCGAUCGAUAUGAGCGAGACAGAAGAAGUGGCGAAAAGGCUCUAUGAAGCCUGCUUGAGUGGGAGUGUCGAAAUGUUAAAAACAUUGAUUGAGAAAGAUCCACUCAUUCUCGACCGAGCUAGCUCAACUGAGUGCUUCUCCAGUGACACCCCCUUGCACGUAGCGGUAUUGCGCGGUCAUUUGGAUUUCACGAAUGCCCUUCUGAGUCAGAAAUCAACACUUGCCGCCGAGUUAGACUCGCGACGGUGUACACCCCUCCACUUGGCUUCCACUGAGGGCCACUUCAAGAUUGUACACGAGUUGUUACGGGUGAACCCCAAAGUCUGCAUCGCUCGUGAUCAAGACGGUAGAACCCCUCUUCACUUGGCGGUCAUGAAAGAGCGAGUAGAGGUUAUAUUGGAACUACUUGGGGCCAAACCAUUUUCAGUUCAUGACAAACUAGGUAGAGGGGAGACUGUGUUGCACUUGUCAGUCAAGUACAAUAGGCCAGAAGCUUUAAAGACAUUGGUGAAACAUCUGCAUAGCAAGCAGAGCAGUGACAUGGAAUCUCUCCUAAACUCUAGAGAUGAUGAUGGCAACAAUAUCUUGCAUCUUGCUGCAGCCCUCAAACAAGUGAAUACCAUAGAGUAUUUGUUGGGAAUAAAGAGUGUCAAAGAUCAUGCCAAUGACAAGAACCAGAACGGUUCUACAGCUUUGGAUGUUGUGGAGCAUUGUCCAAACAGAGACCUAAAAACAAUGGAAAUUCGUGAGUUUCUGUUGCAAGCUGGUGUUCAAAGAUCCAAUUGCGAUGAGCCGAAACUGAAACCCGAGUUACCUUCCAAAAAUCCUCCUCGUACUGAACAAAAGAUUUCUCCGUUUUGGAAAUGGUUUGAGGUCGACCCUCACUGGAUCGAACAGGUACAUGGCCAUUUAAUAACGACAGCUGCCUUGACGGCAACCAUGGCUUAUCAAUGUAUUAUGAGUCCGCCUGGUGGUGUUUGGCAAAAUGAUAAAAAAGGCAGUUCGACUGUCCGUUCUUAUUCCUUGGCCGAUACUGCAGAAGAGGAUGACGAUGGGCAUAAAGCGGGACACGCCAUUUUGGAACAUCGUGGCUCUUAUCGUACUUUCUUGGCUCUAAACAACAUAGUCUUGGCAGGAUCGUUGGGCAUUAUUAUGCUGGCCAUGAGUGGAUUCUCAAUCCGCAAUAAGUUUCUAACAUGGUCGUUGGUAAUCACUGUGUAUAUCACAGUUACAUGCAUGGGUGCAGCUUAUGUGACAGCAAUUAAUUUAGUAUCCCCAGAACCAGUUUUAGGGGACAUACUUCAUAUACUGUUUGUGGCUUGGCUGGUUCUAUGCUCAGUUUCUGUUGCGGUGCUUCACUCAUGCCACUUAUUGGUAUCGCUGUGGAAAAAGACAAAAAAUAUGUUUCCACAAACUCGACGCGCUACCAACAAUAUUAUAGUAUAACGAGGAGUCAUAAGUGCGUGGGAAACUUUUGCUUGCCGGUCUUUGUUGUACUUUGGGAUUCUAUUCGAAGCCGAGGAUUUGUGUUUGUGGGCCUGGAUGAUUGCUGCAGACUGGCGGAUCUAGUGUUGUCGUCAAUCUUAAAUAAAGAGUACUGUAACAUAAUAUGCGUGUGCCCGAGGCCCUUUAUUAUGUGACUGUCUGUUGUAUUUGUGCAAUUCCUAUGUUUGCACUAGCCUAUAUGGUGUGUAGUAGUAUGAAAGAAGCUAGAUCCUUCUUCUUUGUGUAUUUGCCUGUAUGGUUGUGGGUGCCAUGUAUUUGUUGUAUGGUUGUUAAUGAGUAUUCGGUUUGUUGCAUGUUA